GCCUUCCCGCCAGCUCCCUGGGGCUGGCCGCCCGCCCAUCAGCCCCGCUGCUCCCAUUCCGCCCCGCAGCUCAGCACGGCCUUUCCCGGGGGCCGGGCAGGUACGCGGGGCCGCGCUUCCCCGCUGCGAGGUGUGUCCCUGGGUGGCGGUGACUUGGCGAGCGAUUGGGUAGGACGGGCGAGCGGCUCCCCGGCUCCCCUGCUGGGCUCCCCGGCGCCGCGCUCCCGCAGUAGCAGCGCGCUCCCCAGCCGCGCCGCCGCCCGCCCGCCCCGCUCGGCUCCGCUCCGAUCCUCCAGCGCCCGGCCCUGCCCGGCUCGGCUCGGCUCGGCCCGGCCCCAGCCGCCGCCGCACCAUGCCGCAUCCCUCGGCGCCCCUCGGGGCCGCCCUGCUGCUCGUCCUGCUGGCGGCGGACUCCUCGCAGAACGUGCUGCUGCGCGCCCCGGAGGCUGCCCAGUUCCUGAGACAGAGGCAUCGGCGAGCCUACCAGAUCUUCGAGGAGACCAAGCAAGGGCACCUGGAGAGGGAGUGCGUGGAGGAGCACUGCAGCAAAGAGGAGGCCCGGGAAGUGUUUGAGAACGACCCCGAGACGGAAUAUUUUUACCCGAAAUACUUGGCUUGUAUUCAGAAAUAUGGGUCGCCGUAUACAAGGAGUCCUGAUUUCCUUACAUGCGUUCAUAAUUUGCCAAACCAGUGUUCUCCUGACCCUUGUCACAAAGAAGGGACUGUCAAAUGCGAAGAUCUCAAGGGGGACUUCUACUGUGAAUGCAAGCAUGGCUGGCAGGGAAAAACAUGUGAAAAAGAUAUUGAUGAAUGCAGAACACAGAAUGGUGGCUGUAACCAACUCUGCCUCAACAAGCUUGGCAGCUACCAUUGUUCAUGCCUCAGUGGUUACACUCUUAAAGACAGCAAAACCUGUGAAGACAUAGAUGAAUGCGCAGCAUCAGCAGACAUCUGUGGAGAAGCUCAUUGUAAAAAUUUAAUAAGUUCAUAUGAAUGUCUUUGUGAUAAAGGCUACAAGUACGAUGAUGUGAAAAAGACUUGUCAAGAUAUAAAUGAAUGCGAAGAGAAGCUCUGUGAACAGACCUGUGUCAACUUGCCAGGGAGUUAUACUUGUCAUUGUGAUGGCAGAGGGGGAGUAAAACUUUCCCAGGACAUGAAUACCUGUGAGAACAUAAUACCAUGUGUGCCUUUUGCUGUUGGAAAAAGCGCUAAAUCUAUGUACCUGGGGAGGAUGUUCAGCGGCGCUCCUGUCAUCAGGCUGCGCUUCAAAAGGAAACAACUGACGAGACUUGUGGCUGAGUUCGACUUUAGAACCUUUGAUCCUGAAGGUAUCCUUUUCUUUGCUGGAGGCCAUCAAGACAGCACAUGGGUAGUGUUGGCUUUGCGCAAAGGACGGCUAGAGCUGCAGCUGAAAUACAACGGGAUAGGCCGCGUGACCAGCAGUGGACCGGUUAUCAACCAUGGCAUGUGGCAAACGAUCUCUGUUGAAGAACUCGAAAGAAGUUUGGUUAUAAAGGUCAACAGGGAUGCAGUUAUGAAAAUAGCUGUCUCAGGGGAUCUGUUUACUCUAGAAAAAGGGCUGUAUCAGCUGAAUUUGACAGUAGGAGGCAUUCCUUUCAAAACAAAGGACCUUAUUCUACCGAUAAACCCUCGGCUGGAUGGCUGUAUGCAGGCAUGGAACUGGCUGAAUGGGGAGGACUUCACUAUCCUAGAGACCAUAAAGAUGAAUGAAAAGAUGCAGUGCUUUUCUGUAGCAGGACGAGGGUCUUUCUAUCCCGGCCGAGGUUUUGCUGUGUUUAAUCUUACUUACAUGCAACCUAUUUCAGGAAACGAAACGAAGACAAGUUGGGAAAUAGAAGUAAAUGCUGUAAUUCAACCAGCAACAGAUACUGGUGUGAUGUUCGCUCUUGUUACGGAAGAAGCAUCUGUCCCUUUAUCACUGUCUCUGGUUGACUAUCACUCCACAAAGAAACUGAAACAACAGUAUAUCAUUGUGGCCUUGGAGAAUACAGUUGUGUCCAGACUGGCAAUAAAUCUUUGUGAUAAGAAGGAACACUCUGUGGACAUCUUCGUCAAGAAAGAUCACUUAUCCCUGAGGGUAGAUGGGAUAGCAGGAGAGGGUGAACUAAGCAUCUCUGAGUUAGAGGAUAGUCUAUCCAUCUUGGAGAACUCUUUGCAAUCAACGGUGAAGACAUACUUGGGAGGAUUGCCAGAUGUUCCUGUCACUUCCACUCCGGUCACCGCAUCCUACCAUGGCUGCAUGACUGUCAAGCUGAGCAACAAGGCACUGGACUUAGACGAGGCUCUCUACAAGCACAGUGACAUCACCUCACAUUCCUGUCCUCCAGUCGAGGCGGGUCAGUAGGUACCACUACAAUGCGAAGGUUUUAUAUUCAGAAACUUUCAAUGCUUUUCUUUUUUUUUAAAGAUAUAAAUUAUUCUGACCUACCGCACUGCGUGUAUAGUUUCUCUUAAACACUGAAGUUAUGUAGGAGCUACUGAUCCUUGUGUCAGAUUGAUUAUUGAAAUACUCCUUUGCUUUGAGGUUUAAAGGUUGUAAUAUAUUUGUAAAUAGUUUGGAAGACUAAUGUUAAAUAAGUCAAAAGUACAGAAUAUACCAGAAGUGAAUGUUAUCUUUAGUCUGUAAGAGACAGUUUUAUCUGUAAUGUGGAAAACCUGGUAAUAUAUGAGUGUGGACUGGAAGAAAAAUAAUAAAUCUGUAUUAUUUUUUAUUAUCAAACACUGCUUUCUGAUUUGCAAAAUAUGAGAGAAUAAAAUAUUUACAUACAAGUUUUUAAUAUA